AAACCCUUCCUCUGUAUCUCUCUUCUUUUUCCUUGCUUAGCCAAACGGCCAAACCUAAAACCCCUGUAGCCAAUCUCUCCAACUCAGUAAAACCCUUGCGUAACUUUCUUCUCUGCCCUUCGCUUCACCAUGUAUCGCACUUUAGCUGCUGCGGCUUCUUCCGUAGCGAGGGCUUCUGCUUUCAAGAAUCGGGUAAGAAAGAGGUGCGGGGUGGUAGAAUCCUCUUAUGUAGGUCCUAUUCGGCAAAGGAUGUCAAUUUUGGCGUUGGAGCUAGAACCUUGAUGCUGCAGGGUGUCAAUGAACUCGCUGAGGCUGUGAAGGUCACCAUGGGGCCAAAGGGUCGCAAUGUAAUAAUUGAGAAGAACCACAAGGAUCCUAAAAUCACAAAAGAUGGAGUCACAGUUGCAAAAAGUAUUGAGUUUAAAGAGAGGGCAAAAAAUGUGGGGGCAAACCUUGUAAAGCAGGUUGCUAAUGCUACAAACAAAGCUGCAGGAGACGGUACCACUUGUGCAACUGUCCUUACUCAGGCAAUACUUGCUGAAGGGUGUAAAUCUGUUGCAGCAGGAGUUAAUGUCAUGGAUUUGCGAAAUGGUAUAAAUAUGGCUGUGGAUUCUGUCAUAGCUCAUCUAAAAGGCAGAGCAUGGAUGAUUAGUACUUCAGAAGAGAUUACACAGGUAGCAACCAUCUCUGCAAAUAAUGAUAGAGAAAUUGGGGAGUUGAUAGCAAGAGCAAUGGAGAAAGUUGGCAAAGAUGGAGUUAUUACCGUUUUAGAAGGAAAUACACUGCACAAUGAACUUGAAGUGGUUGAGGGAAUGAAAUUAGCGAGAGGCUAUGUAUCUCCCUAUUUUGUUACUGAUGAGAGAUCUCGAAAAUGUGAAUUAGAAAAUCCCCUGAUUCUAAUUCAUGACAAGAAGAUUUCAGACAUUCAUAUGGAUCAUCUAAUCCGAAUUUUGGAGCUUGCUUUAAAGAGAAGGAGAGCUUUGUUAAUUGUUGCUGAAGAUCUAGAAGGUGAUGCUUUGACAAUGCUUGUAUUAAAUAAACAUCAUGCGGGGAUGAAGAUUUGUGCCAUUAAAGCUCCUGGUUUUGGUGAAAACAGAAGAGCUAAUCUAGAGGAUCUUGCUAUUCUUACAGGGGGCCAGGUUAUCUCUGAGGAUCAUGAUCUCACUUUGUCAAAUGCACAAUUAGAAAUGCUUGGGACUGCUAAGAAGGUUACUGUCUCACUUGAUGAUACCCUUAUUCUGCAUGGUGGUGGUGACAAAAAGCUAAUUGAAGACAGAUGUGAACAGCUUAGGACAACAAUUGACAAAAGCACUGCCAUGUUUGACAAAGAGAAAGCACAAGAACGGUUGUCUAAGCUUUCUGGUGGUGUUGCUGUUAUUAAGGUUGGUGGAACUAGUGAGGCUGAAGUUGGUGAGAAAAAGGAUCGGGUUACAGAUGCUCUGAAUGCAGCAAAAGCGGCUGUGGAAGAGGGUAUUGUACCAGGUGGCGGUGUUUCUCUUUUAUAUGCUACAACGGAAUUAGAUAGAAUCCCAACCAAGAACAGUAACGAGAAAAUCGGAGUUCAAAUUAUUCAGAAAGCUUUAAAGGCACCUGCUUAUACAAUUGCUGCAAAUGCAGGUGUGGAUGGUACUGUAGUCAUUAGCCAACUUCUAGAACAACAUGACCUAAAUUUUGGCUAUGAUGCUGCAACAGGUGAGUAUGUUGACCUGGUGAAGGCUGGAAUUAUUGAUCCUGUCAAAGUCAUGAGGACAGCUUUAUUAGAUGCUGCAAGUGUCUCGGUUCUACUGACAACCACUGAAGUAGCAGUGGUAGAUCUAGAAGAGGAGAAAGCUAACCCUGGAGCUAGUCGAAUGCCGCAAAUGGAAGACAUGGAUUUAUGAGGAAAACAGAGUUACGCAAAACGUUAAAAGAAGCAAAAUAAUUUCUUGCUAUGCUGAAAAGCGAAUGUAAUAGGAAAAUUUUGGUAAAAUAGCUGCUGCUGGUACUUCUUUUUUCGUUUUUGUACAUUAUUUAGAUUCCAUUCUACAAAUUCUAGCUGUGUUCAGAGAAUGAUUAUAUUCGAAGAUAUGUUUUAUAAAAAUAUUUUUUUUUUUUUUA